UUUCUAUUAAUAAAAAUGAACAGUAGUGAAGACGAAACCGAGUGUACAAGUCUGGAGUACAUUGAGGAUUCGUAUUUACCUAAAUUAGAUUCAAGUGUAACACCAUCAUUAGAUGAUGAGGCGAUGAUUUGUCAAUGCAUUUCAAAUCCACAUUUAAAUGACCCUCAUCAUGUUUCACAAGCAAAUGAUUACUUCUUUGAUUGGUUUUCUGAGGAAUCAGAACAGUAUUUACGUUCAUUGACCUUAGAUCAGAUAUUUGAAUUGCCGAAAAAAUCAAUGGACAUUUACACGCCAUCUAUAUCUCCGGAAGAAUUACAAACUGUCGAAACUGAAUUCACACCAUUAAAACUAGCAGCAAAUGAUAAGUUAAAGUAUAAACUUUUAGGAAUGUUUAAAAAACGUAAUUUGCACGAAGUAAGAGUUACUUUUAUUGACUUUUCUAAACCUUACGUAGUAAAAAUGUCAAAUGGUGAAAAAUAUAAACAAUUUUUACAUAUUGGCAAUUCAACAGAUGGAAAAAAUGAGGAGUCUACAGGGACUGUAGCUCCAGCAUCAGAAGAAAUUGAUGAGUUAGCCGGCCUUUCAAUUGAAGAACAAGAACAACAGCGAGCUGAAUGGAGAAAUGAAUUGGUAAGAGUGGAGGAAGAAAUUACUACUUUGCGAACGGUCUUACAAUCAAAAAUUCGACAUGCAAGUGAAUUAAAAAGAAAAUUGGGAGUUACUGUUUGGAAAGAAAUGAGUGACGAUGUUAGUCAAAGUCUAAAAACGGUCAAGGAAUCAAAUGUUUUUCAAAAGACAGAGUCUGUUGUUAAAACGGCUGCUGAAAAAACAUCCUCGCUUUUUAGUGGUAUUACCGGUGGCUUUACUUCCAAAAUAAGUCAAAUGAAAAAUUCAGAAUCUUUCAAAUCGUUUGAAGAACGUGUAGGAAAUGCAUACGAAAACGUAAAGACAAAGGUUUCGACGUCUCGUUCUGGAUCAAUCACCAGUUUCAAUGAAGUGCAAGAUGGUUCUUUGGCAACAACACCAACAAUUUCUGAAAAAGAUGAAAGAUUCAAUGAAAAAUCCUAAUCAUGUUUCGAUAUUUAUGAUAUUAUAUUCUUAAUUUUGGAAAGAGCCUUGCUUCAAUUAAAUAUGUAUGUAAACAGAAUAAACUUUAAUACUACUGUCAUAUUAAAAUAA